AUGUCUGCUUUCAACGAUUACUGCUUGGUUUGCGAGAAGAUAUGUACUAGCAACUCUGUCUACUGCUCUGAGGAGUGUAGAGUAGCGGAUCAGCAACAAACCGCCUCACCUACUUUGUCCACCUGCUCCUCCGUGCAAUCCGCUCAGACGUCAAACUUCAACUCGAUCCCAACAAUUAUCUCCCCUGUGUUGGCUCCACAGUACAACUACGUGCCUGUUUUCAAGAAUACGUCGAGCUUGUUGAAGUCACCGCCCUUCAAGGACUUGAGCUAUGAGUCACCUAUGCUUGCAAGUAUAUCAGUUCAGAACGACUUGGACUCCAACAGACUGGAUUUGAACGCUACUAAAUCAACCGCCCCGCUGAAUGUGAGCGAAAUACCCAGAUCACAGAUGUAUAGAUCGGCCGCCCAAAACGUGAGCGAUCUACUCUCAAGCACUCCGGCUUCGGAAAACUACAAGAAAUGGCUUUCUACUCAUUAG